UCUUGCAAGGCGCUCAACGUUUUUCGGCGCUUCUAUCGGUGGUCGCUGUUAAGAUAUUUAUUGGCAGACAUAAAAAAAAACCGAAAACGCAACAGUUUGUUAAAUAAUUUAAUUCGCCGCUGCGAAGGAAAAAAGUGAAAUUGCACAUUACGAAGUUGGCUUAAUUAUUUUCUGUGCGUGUUGGCUGGUGUGUGUUACUUUUUUUCGUGAAACGACCUUUGCGAACUUAUCGUCGUAACCAGCGAAAAAAAAAGCAAAUAGGCAGUGACAACAACAACGAGGGCUAAUAAUAAUUAAAACAGCGUGUUGUGUUGUUGUCUGCUCGCCGAAUUGUCGCUGUGUGCGUGCCCGAGUAUCUGUGUGUGAGCCACUGAGUGUGUGUGUGUGUGUGUCUGUAUGGGAGUAUAAUCUCUCAACAAUUGCGUACCCCUAGUCAAGAUCCUCCACUUCGCAAUUGGGAUACUCCCACUCCACUGACGUACAUGCAUAUGUAUCUACUCGUCAUACUCCCCGAUCAUCCGAUAGAUGCGAAUUGUCAGCAAGAACCCAGUUAAACCGGCAAAAAAAGGCGGCAAAAGUGCUGACCCAGCAUUCGACGGCAACCUGAUCGGAUCACUUGGAACAGGAAUCCCCAUGAGCAGCGCCCACUGAACACCAAUGCCAUUGCACUUGGAAUUGGAUUCGGAUUAGCGGGGCUAUACAUAUACUCUAUACAGGAUGCUGCAGCACAAGAUGACGAAGCGGAAGACGCUGAUCAUCGGCUUCUUUGGCAUCGCCCUGGGCCUCUGCAUCGGCACCAUGCUGAAGAACUACCUGGCCCUGGAGAUCGUGAAGCGGUGCAGCCUGCGCCCGACGAAUCUCAAGACGCCGGCGGAUAUCAUUGGGCUGCGGGAGGAGGACACCAUACAGAACUCGCAGCGGAAUCUGGUCUUUGUGGGCGUGAUGACGGCGAAGAGCUUCCUGGAGGGCAGAGCGCGGGCGGUGUACGAUACGUGGGGCAAGGAGGUGCCCGGCCGGAUGGCCUUCUUCAGCUCGGAGGGCAGCUACUCGGAUGACCUGCCCGUGGUGGGGCUGAAGAACGUGGACGAUCGCUAUCCGCCGCAGAAGAAGUCCUUCAUGAUGCUGUACUACAUGUACGAGCACUACAUCGACCGCUUCGAGUGGUUCAUCCGGGCGGACGACGAUGUCUACAUGGAGCCGGACAAGCUGGAGCGCUUCCUGCGCUCCAUCGACAGCUCCAAGCCGCAGUUCAUCGGCCAGGCGGGCAAGGGCAACAGCGAGGAGUUCGGCCUGCUCUCCCUGGAGUUCGACGAGAACUUCUGCAUGGGCGGACCGGGUGUGAUCCUCAGCAGCGAGACUCUGCGCCGCGUGGCGCCACACAUACCCAGCUGCCUGAAGAACCUCUACAGCACGCACGAGGACGUCGAGGUGGGGCGGUGUGUCCAGAAGUUCGCCGGCAUACCGUGCACUUGGAACUACGAGAUGCAGUACAUCUUGCGGCACAACUCCAGUGGCCGAAAUGCGUACACGGGCAAACUGAAGCGUAAGGAGAUCCACAACGCCAUCACCCUGCAUCCCAUCAAACAGGCGCCGCUCAUGUACCGCCUGCACUCCUAUGUCCAGGGUUUGAAAGCGGAGGAGAUGCGCCAGGAGUCGCUGCUGCUGCAUCGGGAUAUCAAGCGGAUGGCCAAAUACCUGGAGGUGCCGGACGAGAGCACCUACAUGAUGCCCAGUGUGUCACCGGAAAGCGAUUCCACCAAGAGGCACUUCCAGGAUCACAACAUAUUAGGAAUCAGUCCGGAACUGAAUAAAUUCGUGCCAGCAAGCACCGACGACCUCCUGGACUGGUCCUUCAUUGCCCGCAGCCUGUACUCGGCCAGUUCCGCCAAUCCCAAGCAGAAGAUCGACUCGGCGAUGCGCGAGGGACUGGAGGAUGCCAUCACCGAGGUGAUGGAGAACAUCAACAACUAUUCCAGGCAGCGGGGUCGCGUCAUCGAGUUCCGGGAACUGCUCUACGGAUACCAUCGACUGGACGCCCUCCACGGCCAGGACAUGAUCCUCGAUCUGCUGCUCAUCUACAAGAAGUACCGGGGCAAGAAGAUGACAGUCCCGGUGCGAAGGCAUCUCUACGUUCAGCGCGCCUUUACGGGCAUCUUUGUCAAGGAGGUGGACGAGGACUUCUACAAUGUCACCCUGCAGCAAAGUCUCCUGGGCAGCCUGUUCCAGAACGGAAUGGCCCGCUUGAGCAGCCACUUCACGAUGCCCAGUGGACUGCUGUCACCGACGCAGGACAAGAUCGUGUUCGUCCUGCCCAUCGCCGGUCGUCUGGGUACAUUCGAGCGCUUCCUGCGCACAUACGAGCGCGUCUGCGUGCGUGGCGAACAGCACUGCGACCUCCUGGUGGUGAUCUUUGGGUCGCCGGACGAGCUGGGCGAUCACCUGCAGCUGCUCCAUGAUCUGCACGCCCGGCAUGUCUACCAGCAGGUGAACUGGAUUCAAAGAAGCAGCGCCUUCUCCCGUGGCGUUGCCCUGGACGUGGCCGCCAGAUCCUCGUACAUUCGUCAGGAGGACAUCAUUCUGUUUAUCGACGUGGAUAUGGUCUUCGAGGUGGAGACGCUGCAGCGCGUGAGGAUGCACACGCAGCGGGGCAAACAGGUUUACCUGCCCAUCGUCUUCAGUCAGUAUGAUCCGCAGAGGAGGAGCGGUGAUGCUGGGGGAUCCGAGGACGAGGGAGAAACGCCCAGGAUCGACGACGAACGUGGCUAUUUCCGGCAAUUUGGGUUCGGCAUCUGUGCCAUCUACAAGUCGGACAUACUCGAUGAGGAUAUCAACGGAUUCGACAAGGACAUCACCGGCUGGGGCCUGGAGGACGUCAAGUUCCUGGAGAAGAUCGUGCGCGUGGGCACCAGGCAACGGGGCUUCCUGGCCAACACCGCCGAACUGGCCAUGGACUACAACGAGGCCGCUGAGCAGUGGCGCAGAUUGAGUGUCUUCCGUGCACCGGAUCCCACGCUGGUGCACAUCUACCAUGACAUCAGCUGCGACGUGCAGCUGGAUGCGCCGCAGUACAACAUGUGCCUGGGCACCAAGGCCAACUCCCUGGGCAGCACGCGGCUAAUGGAGCAGCUCUUCCACAGCAGUCCCGAAAAUGUCCAGUUUGCCGCCGAUUUCAAUCGGCAAAAGCAACAGCAGCAGCAGCAGCAGGCCAGGUGAUGAUCGAUCCCAUCCAGAUCCAGUGAUCCCCGCCAGCGCUCCUGCCACAUAGUAUUAUGCUAAAUGUUUCCUACAUGCCAAAAUAAUUGGUAAGUCCCUGAUGCUAAGUCCAUGUACAUGUAAGGUCAAUAAUGAUGAAAUGGGUGAAACAACUGUAAAUUGAUAGGAUAGGUUAAUACAAUAUAUACAUAUGUGGACAUUUUCAUGACCUGGUACAUACCAUUUAGUUUUAAAAUGAAACGAAAAUAGAUUUUGUAUGCUAAAAACAAAUUAAAUGUAGAUAAGAGUAAAACGGAACAUUUAUGGCGAUUACAUUUAGUUACCAAAAAUCAUUAUUAUGUAUCAUUAACAUUAUUGUGUUCUAACCAAAGUCGCUGAAACCAUUUAAAAUUGUUCCAAUGUAAAUUCGAAUUGUAUAGAUAAUUGUUAGGAAAUAAAAAGUAUUUUAAUGGUUGUUAGUCCCUUCGAAAUAAUCAAUUUUUUUAUAUACAUACAUUGAAACAUUUUAGAAAUACGUUUCGGUUGGGUUUUCAACUCUAGAUAGCUAGGACAUUCAUACAUUAAGAUGUAGCCAUGUAUGCGCGAUGAUUCCUGUUCUUAAAAUGUAGCAUUAUUAAGUGUUUAAACAAAAUCGCAUUUCAAUGAUAAUCGUAGUGUCGAUACUUCUUUCAAUAAUAAACGAUUCGAUUGUACAAAAUGA